AUGAAUUUGAACUAUGUUCCUUCUAAAAACAAAGACACAAUAUCCUUUAAUGACGAUGAAUGGAAUGAGGAUAUAUCAAUAUGGCAAUCUUCACUAAUAGGGCAAGUAAUGGGUUUGAAUGUAAAGUUCAAGGCUAUGGAGAGUUAUGUGCAAAGAACAUGGAGGAAUUUUAUGCAUGAAGUAUGCCUUCUAAAACCUGGACUUUUUCUGAUCAAAUUCAAAAAUACUGAUGAGAUGAAUGAGAUCUUGUGUAAGGGGCCUUGGUUCUUUGGAUCAAGACCUUUGUUAUUGAAACAAUGGACAAAUGGAGAAGAUAUUGAGAAGAUUAAUGACAGUGUGUAUCCUUUGUGGAUUCAACUUCCAUCUCUGAGACUCAAUCUAUGGAAUGCUAAAAGUAUUUCAAAAAUUGCAAGUGCUAUAGGUUGUCCAAUAGCUACUGAUAGACUGACUGCAAACAGGCAGCGCUUGGCUUAUGCGAGGGUGUUAGUAGAGGUUAAAAUGCCAUCUCCCCUUCCAGAUAAAAUCAACUUUCUAGAUCCAAAAGGGAAGCAAUACACUCAGAAGGUGAUUUAUGAAUUUAAACCUAAAUGGUGUGAAGUAUGUAAGCAGGUUGGUCAUGAUAUAAGAAAUUGUAGAAGGCAGAUAAAAACUCAAAGAUGGGUUCCUAAACAAGGCCAGAACCCAAUAUCUGAUGAUACUAGGAAGGAAAAAGCUAUAAUUGAGAAUGAUAAUUCUAUGCUUUCAAAUGUUAACCUGAAUAUGGAUAUUACAAGACAAGAGGGCAGUACAAAGGAAGGGAAUAGUAGGAAAAUGGCUGUGCAUGUUUCUGAUACAGGUGGAGAUGGCCAUCUAUUAAGUGAGAUAGUUAAUGGAAGUGGGAGGAAAAUUGCUGAUCCAUCUGGUUCUGGGCUGAAAGCAAUGCAUAAUGAUGUACAUGAGAUUAAGGAGAAAAAUACAGAUGCUAAUAGUGCUGAUGCUCAAGGAAUUAAACCUUGGACUCAAGUUCAAAAAGGUUUUAGGAGUAAAAAUAUCAUUCCUGGAAAUUCUUUUACAUUUCUGGAUAUUUUGGAUAUUGACCCUUCUACAAUAGAUAGAGGGGGGACCAAAGAUGAAUAUAUCCUUCUAGAAUGUUAG